AUGGGCUCCAAAGAUCUUGCCUCUGGUGACUUUAAUGCCACUUURGUUUUGCAGCGAAAGAUAAUCCAUUCUGCCAUUCGCAUGUACCAGCCUUUCCUUGAAGAGAAAAUUAUCAAAGAAGUGAACGAAAUGRUCCAACGCAUUUCCCCAGGAAAACCMACAAACCCCAAGGAAGAUGUAYUUUUUGUAACGACCAAUGUUAUCUUUCAAAUAGCAGUUGGCCAGCGCUUUGAACAGAUUGAUGASGAAUUUCUCGAAAAAUUAAACCUCACCMGAAGAUUUUUUAAUUUAACGAGUCCUUUCAACAUCCUUAACAUCCUGCCAUUCCUGAUAAACUUUCCGAUUAGCCCAUCCACAGAGUUGAAAAAGCUUCGUGAUGAUCUUCAUCAGUAUAUAUUUGACAAGUAUCACGAGCACAAAGACUCCUACCAAGAUGGCGUCAUACGGGACCUCACGGAUGCCCUUAUUAAGGCUCGUCACGACGCUGACCAAGAAGACAGCAGAAACUACCGCCUCAUAAAUGAAGAGCAUGUUUUAAUGACCAUAAUGGAUGUUUUUAUAGCAGGAUUAGAAACUACAGCCACGGCYCUUCWAUGGUUCAUGCUGUACAUGGUGAAACACCCAGAAGUGCAAUCCAAAAUACACGAAGAGCUUGAUAGUGUUCUUGGUCCAGACGCUUUACCUCUUUGGAAGCACCGAACACAACUUCCCUAUCUGGUAGCAACUAUUGACGAAACUCUCCGAAAAGCUUCCAUUGCACCUCUUCUUGUCCCACACAAAGCAACAAAAGAUUCGACUCUUGCAGGCUACAACAUACCAAAGGGUACAUAUUUGAUGUUUAAUGCAUGGGCCAUGCAUCAAGAUAAACAAGAGUGGAUACAUCCAGAUGAUUUCAAUCCAUCGAGGUUCAUCAACGACAAUGGAAAAGUUGACCAAAAUGCCGGUUCGAAGAGCUUUCUUCCCUUUGGCAUGGGGCGUCGUGUAUGCGUCGGGGAAACUCUGGCAAAGCAAGAGUUGUUUGUCAUUACGUCGAGGCUGUUGCACGAGUUUACCUUGCACAAGGCAGCUGGUCCAAUACCGCAAAUCACCGAUGAUUUGACGGGUGCCGUUCACCACCCACCAUCUUAUGAAAUUUGCUUCAAACCUAGACAGUAG